GUUCCCUCCGCCGCCCAUCGCCAAACGGCGAACAAUUGAUUUUGUAGACGAUUCUUGCUAGUGCACCGUUUUGUACUGCUAUUCUUUGUCUUUUUGCUUCUUGUCGCACGCUCGUGUUGCAAUUCACAUAGGACGUACCCGCAGCGAGAGCAGCGACAGCCAGCCAGCCAUGGCAGAUGAAACCACACCGCUGCUGCGGACCAAGUCGAGGAGUCGAAGCGGCGGUAGACGAGUAUGUUUUGAUAUUGAAACACGCAUUCUGGUAGUGGGAUUCCUCAUUACGCUUUCGUUUGCGUGUACACAAGUUGCUCUGAUAUAUGUCUUUCGUGUAAUGACAUGCGACGCAUUCUACGACGACCACCCGCCGUAUACAGGAGACGGCGAUCGCUGCUACGUAAACGAAAUCACGGCCGAGAGUGUGACGCAGUACAGUAUUCUUGGCAUGACGACAACGCUAUGCGGAAUCAUUAACCUCUUUGUAUCGGGAUGGAUGGUCAAGAAGUUUGGUGCCCGCAAGGCGCUUCUCAUACAAACUGUUGUGCCCACCCUUCGAACCGGCAUGCAAGUGUACGGCAUCUGGGUCGGCAAGCGCCUCGGCAUGCUCAUUGUACAAUCUACGCAGAUUGUAACCAUUAUCGGCGGUCCUGUCGGAUACAUUCUGGUCAUGAACAUUAUCGCAGGCGAAAUUGUGCAACCAGAGCGCCGCACAGCCGUGUUUGGCAAACUUCAAGGCGCUCUUAUGCUCGGCAAUGGACUGGGUCUGUUUACCGGUGGUCAAGUUGGUGAGCUAGUUGGCAUCAUCGCACCCUUCGGUCUUGCUUUUAUCUGCUUCAAUCUCUCCUCGCUUGUGGCCCGCCUCACGCUGCCCUAUAUCCCGCCACCACCUCCAUCCAAACUAAAGAAGGGUUCCAAAUCAAGCAAGCUGCCGCCGUUCCUCGAGCCUUUGCGCGUGUUAUCGCCGCAGACAAUUCGACUUGCAAACGGCACUGUUCGCAAGCAUUACGGUGUCCUGUACCUCUGUACGGGUAUAUUUACAGGCGUACUGGCUACCGAUUAUGUUGCACUCUUGGUCCAGCUGUAUGCCACGUCCAUCUUCCAAUUCGACCAAGCCGACAAUGGAUGGCUCAUGUCCGAGUUUGCCUCUGUGCGCGGCUUGUUCCUCAUCUUCAUCUUCCCUCGAAUCAUUGGCGCCGGCCGAGACUACUUUGCGCGACGCAAAAACCUGACACCAAAAGCCGACGAAGAGGAGAGCGCGUCAGAGACGACGCCUCUUUACACAAACCCCAGCGCCAUUGCAGCUCCGACAGCAUCGCAAUUGGUCCAGGAACCAGUAAUUUCGAAGUCGCCCAUCAAGGAUUAUACGACCGGACGAUUUGAUCUAGUCUUUCUGCGCUAUAGUUUGGUGGUUGAAAGCCUGAUGACCAGCAUUGCCGCCUUUGCCACGAAGCCCUGGCACAUUUACCUAGUGGCCUUUUUGCUUCCGUUUGGCUCUGGAUCCGCACCUGCUGCAAAGGGCGUUAUUACCGACAUGUGCCCCGAAUCACAGCGAGCCGAUGCUCUUAAUGCUGUGACGUUGGUGGAGAAUGUUGCUCGUCUGAUGACCCAGGGUCUCUUUGGCUUUAUAUUUUCUAGCCUGGCUAGUGUUGGAAAAGCAUAUCUUACAUUUUUCUGCAACGCGAGCAUCGCAUUGAUUGGCAUGCUGAUUUUACUGUUUUCGCAUUUUCCACCUCCUGGCAGCGUUCUCGUUGAGCAGGAUGAGCAGGAUGAACAAAACGAAGAGGCAGAGUAGGUAGGACCGCUUUUGACAGCCUCUGUAUAUAACCCAUUUACAAUUUUAUUUUCUGAUAUAUAAUUCUAAUAAAAUGUCACGGCCUCCUUUGCAUACAAAUAUUACAAUAUUAUCCCUUUGUCCCCUUUUUCCUUUCUUGAUUAUCCAGUAUCCAGUCACAAGGCCGCGCAACAUGAUCGGAUCGCCAACCAACCAAAAUGUCACGCGGCAGGCAGCCGGGGAGUCGGUGGUCGACGG